ACCUCGGGGCAGCUGUGAGUCCGGCUUCUGCUGACUUGAGAGCUAAGCUUGUCACCACAUCCACCAUCCCAGGGAAACCGGGACACCCACAGACACCCACAAAUGGAAGAAGCGAGCCUCCUUUCUCAGGGUUCCAUAGUUCUGGCUGUUGGAAGAAGCCUCUGCUACCUGCACCCCUAGCCCACGCACCAGCCAGUUCCUCCUAAGAAUCUAAGCCGUCUAGCUUAGAUACACUCCUGUUGCAGAUGAAUGGCUAAACACCCAGACAGCUUGCUGGAGCCAUUUCAAAAGCUGAAAGAUAUCUCUUCAAUGUGUAAACAUUCUUUGUUUUGAUUCCCCACAUAAAUCUUUAGGUUCAAGGUUUAUGAUGAGUGAUUAUGUCUGUCAACACAUCACCUGUGAUUGAUCAAUUUGGAGUCACAUCUUCCUCUUGCCAUGAAAAACUCUUGAGGUUUAAUUUUCAAAGUAUAAAGAAAAGAAAGAAUAAUUCAUUAAUGCCAUCAUUUUCAAUCACAAAGGAAUUCAUCUUGAGAUUCAACCAAACAAAAAACCCAAAAGAGGAGGAAAAAUUAUUGGACCUAGCUAGAAAAAACAUUCUCAGAUGUAAGAGAAAAUUGGGUCUCAAAACCUUAGGCUCCGGGAAGCAUGUACAUCUUCCUACAGCGUGGACUGAAGUAGUAUAUUUGGCUCAAUGCAAAGGAGAAAUCCAAGAUGAAGCUUUAAAUAUGCUUUAUGCUUCCCUGGACCAUGCUUCCUUUGAUUAUGAUCAUCUGCCUGCCUUAUUUUUUGUUGCGGAAUCAGUUUUAUAUAGACUCUAUUGUGAUGCAUUCCUAAAGACAUACUUAUAUUCAGUUGAAAUAAAGCUAGCAAAGAUUGGCUAUUUGGUCUUCUUACGACUUUUUAUAUAUUUCCUGCAUGGUCACCUAGAAAAUUUUAAACAACAUUUACUUAGGCUUCAAUCAUAUGUAUAUGCACUUUCUGUCUCUGAAGAAUUAUAUUACAAAUAUCCAAACAUCUUUUCAAAUGUGCAAUUCAUUCUGAAAACCAUGGAAAUUAUGUGUAAAAGAGAACUCCUUUCUGGAUCAACUUUUGGCUCUGUGGAAAAUACGAAAAGAUAUGAGAACAUUGAUUCUGAUAUGGAACAUUUGCAAUUAAAUCAGGCAGGAUAUGAAGUCAACCACCUGCUUUGGCACUGUGUUGCUGCCUGGUCUUGUGUUCAGAAGAACAGUUCUCAGUUGAAUAAGGUGCUUAAACAUCUCCUCUUUCAUAAAGCACAGCUUCAAAAGAAAUGCUGGUUGGAUUCAACACUGGCUUUGUUGGUCCUUGGGGAGGCUGCCAAAUUAAACAUGGCCUGCUUGAAAGCUUUAAUGGAGCUAAUGAAACAUUUUCUUUUAAGCAUUCUGUCUGUUCAGAAUCAGGAAGAAACUUGCAAGGUAAAUGAUUUUUCCUGGGCCUGGAAUGUAGUCUAUUUAUACACAACAAAUCUUGCAGAAAUCUGCUUGUAUGCGGCCACUUCUAACUUGCGAAAAACAGCUUUUGUUGGUUUCUGUGACUGUAGAAGUUUACAAAAAGAUAUUUUACACAUGGACAAAUCAGAAGAAACACCAGAAUUGAGGGAAACAAGUAUUUCAGGUCUUUUGGAAUAUUUCUCUUCAAAAAUGUCAGAUAACUGUGAUCCAGUGAUAUGGACAGGAUACUAUGGCUUAGUGUACAACCUGGUAAAAAUGUUAUGGGAACUUCGAGGAGAUGAGGAGCAGGAUGGAUUUAGAAACAUAAUAUGGCAAACAUUACAGAAAACGAAGAAUCAUGAGAAAGAUGGGCGAAUCCUUAAUGCAGUAAAUAUAGCUCAGGCUGAGUUAAAUGACCCAACGGAUCCUUUUGCUAAUUAUAGUACAGAAGUUUCAUCAAAUGUAGGGGAUGAAAUUUUCUCUAAAUAUAUAGGAUGGAGAAUUGCCAAUACGCUUUCCAAACUAUUCUUCCCCUCCACUGAUGCCUGUGUUCUUCCUUUGAAAAAACCACUGAUAAAAAGAGAUCAAAUGAAGUAUCUGAGUAAAAAGGACUCCAUGAAGAAGAGAGUUCUACAUUUCACUGUCAGGGAACAUCCUUCCAUGUCAGAACUCCCCAUGUUUCCUUAUCCGGAUUUCUUCACCAGGGCUGAUGAGGAGUUGGCAAGAAUCAUUGACCAUCAUUGGCAGAAAGAGCUCAAGACCAGACAGGAAGAAGAUGCAAUAUGUGAGGCCAAAGAACGUAAAAAUAAAGAGUUAGAGGAAGAAAAUUGCUUCAGAGAGAUUAUGAAGAGAAGAGAAGAGAAACUACACAAGCACACCAAACCCUAUGAGCUUCCUGCUAGGACUGAAGUAAUCUCAUUAGAAAAGAAAAUGACCCCCAAAAUUGAGGUCCAUGGGCCAGAAAUUCAGUAUAUGAAAGAGACCAGGAUAGAUACAUGCUAGGAAAAUUUCUUCCAAUUAACUGGAGGCCAUGUCUUAGGAAGGAGUUGUUCCCCUGUGUAGGCUCUUUAAUAGUCAUGUUUUAGUCCUGUAUUAAGAGUUAGCUCUUAAUCACAUUUGAGUGAAGUGACUUUACUAGUUAAACAUUUUCAAGAAUACAGCUAGAGCUUUUCCUAAUUGACUCUUAUCUUGUCCUCAUAUAACAUGCUUAAUCAAUAACUCUCAGAAUAUUGAUGUUCAUUGGACAGCUCAAUGGAAAUGACUUACAAAUUAUUAAUGAGUUACAUUUAAGAAUUAUUUCUUGAAUGUGGACAACUGAUACUCCUAUAAUAACUAUUAUACAAAUAAAAGAAG